UAAUUCAAAUACAUUCGGUGGCAAAUCGUAUUCAAGAGUGCACGAACCGUCGAGCUCAAGAAGUGUCAGUUUAAAAAACAAAAAAACCAAGAAAAGAGAAAUCUCCCGUGACGUCACGCAUAAUUAUGUUUAAAUUAAUCCUCCUUUUCUCUGUGAUCAGUUUAGCUGUGGGCCUUAAGAUUCAUGAACACGAAUACGAGCAUCAGGAAUAUGAACACGCCCAUUAUAAUGAGCCAGCGAUUGAGGAAACUGAGCACCAUCAAGAGGUCGAACACAAGCACUCGGCGACAUCACACCAAAGUGUGAAAUUCCAUCAUUUCCAUGCUGUUCCGGUCUACAUUAAGAAAGAAGAUCAGCAUUUGCUGAAGAAUCCCAUCGAAAUCGGAGGUUCGAAGCAAAAAUUGAAGAUUCUUCAUCCAGAAACCGAAAAGAACCACAACCAUGGAUUAGUUUUGGAAAAUCACAGUGAAUCACAUGUGGAAGAACAUGGACAUGGACAUGAACAUGAGCCUAUUAUACACGAGCAUGCUGGUCAUUACGAAGAAGAGCCACAUUUGGAACACUACGAACAUUAUAGCCAUGAGUAAAAUGCUUCGAUGAGGAGAUAAAGGAGGUAUACAUAGAAGAUACAGAAAGCUAAAGUGACAAGGAACCAAAUUUUGUAUAAGAAUUAAGAACCUAUAGAAUUAAGAGUGUGGCCGAAUGCUGUUUUCUCCAACUAUAGCGAUUAAGUGAUUUUAAGAUUAUAAUAUGUAUAUUUUUUUUUAAUAAAUACACGAUUAUUGGUAUCGAUGAAAAUAA